CAGAACCUUGGUUACAAUUGUUUUGCUAUGAUGCUAUUGAAUACCUUUUUAUACACUACGCACACCGCCUUGUCCAUCAAGUGAUAGCUUUUACCUCCUUUGUGGUCUCUUGGUCGAAUCUAAUCUUAUGUCAUCAAAAUUAGCCAGGAAGCUUAAUGUAGCAGUAAUCACAAUUACUUCUAGGCUAUCUCUAUCUUUCUUUUUUGAUGCCCUUCCAAGCUUGUAUCGUUCUUGUUGGCAUUCCCUCCCAUGCUUCUCUUACUGUUUCUAUCAGCAAGUUUUAGUGCAAACAGAUUUGUAUGUUUAUUAUUCUUAGUAUUAAUAAAUAGUUAUUGAGCAGAAGAGGGAACCAUCGAUGUUCACCAAUGACCAGAGACAACAAGAGCGAACUGGAAAAUAUGGAAGUCCUAGAUUUCAAUACCUUCAGGAACUGGUGUCUCAGUUUCAGAACACAACUGAUGAAGAAACAAAAGAGAGGAUUCUGGCAAAUUUGGCCAACUUCGCUUAUGAUCCUUACAAUUAUAACUUGUUGCGACAGCUUAAUGUUUUGGAACUCUUCCUGGACUGCAUGACUGAACCCAAUGAAAAACUUGUAGACUUUGGUGUUGGAGGCAUCUGCAAUUCUUGUGCUGAUCAGGCAAAUGUUGCAGUUGUAAGUAAGUUUGGUGGCAUACCUCUUAUCAUUCAAUGUCUAUCAAGCCCAGUCAGGAACACUGUAAAUUAUGCACUUGGAGCACUUUAUUAUGUGUGUAAUGAAUCUAACAAGGAAGAGAUUUUAAAGCCAGAAGUUGUUGAUGCCAUCAAGAGGUAUGCAGCAGCUGAAGAAGUUAGUGCAAGCUUCAGUAAUCUAGCUAAAGCUUUCCUAGACAAACAUCUAUCUGAGAACUAGAGUUUACUAUUCAAUAUCAGAGAGACUAUCCUGUAUAAGGUUAUUUUCUGACUUAUAACUUAAUUAUUCUACAAUGCUCACUUCGGUUUAAGUUCAAUUAGCAUUUAUUCAAAUUA